GUGGCAUGUAAACAGUGCGUCACGAGGCUCGACUCUCAGCUGUCCUCGUCAUUGUCACUGUAAUUCCACUGUUUCCUGUGAGUGUUGAAGCUAAACAGUAGUCCACAUAACGCUAGCUUCGUCUCCACACGCCGCCUAAAUUGUGUGAAAGCAGAAGAGAUUAUGAGUCCUUAGAAAUAUUCCCUCUUGUCACAUUUGCUCCCCCACACUGAGCAGCCAUCAUGCCCAACGAGCAGACACCGCUCUUGGUCCGACAUCCCUCAGCGAUGGAUGCGAGGGAGGGGCGGCGGCAGACAGUGGCCACAGUGGUCAUCCUGGUGGUGCUCACACUGGAACGCCUUGCCUAUUAUGCUCUGGCCACAAACUUCUUCCUUUUUCUCAAUAAGGGCCCCUGGGAUGGACCGCAGGCUUGGGAUUCCCUUGAUGCCAUGAAUGCAGUAUUUGUACUUGCCGGUGUGUCUUACAUCUCGGCUCUUCUUGGAGGGUACAUUUCUGAUGCAUGCCUGGGCAGGUUCAAAACCAUGGUGUGUGGGUUCUUGCUUUACAUUACAGGCUAUGUCUUGCUUACCCUCAUGGCUGUGGACAAGUUGCCACGCUUCAUCUGCCCUACCUCUCGUGACCCAGGUGGAGCUGAUGAUGCAAACAAUGCUCCCUGUAAAGCUGCAGUGUACAUCUCUGUUACCAUUGUUGGCCUGGGCGUUGGCACAGUCAAGAGUAACAUUGCUCCUUUUGGUGCUGAGCAGUUGAACACAGCCAAUCCACAGAGGACCCGGAGCUUCUUCAAUUGGUUUUACUGGUGCAUCAACCUGGGCAGCUUGGUGGGGUGUGUCAUCACCUACAUUCAGCAGGAUUGUCCUGGUGUUUGUGUCAAUGGCUUCUUCUGUGGUUAUCUCAUUGCCUCAGUGUGUCUGCUGGUGGCCCUGGUGGUGUUUGUGGUGGUGAUGCCUUGCUACCAGGUGGCUCAACCAGAAGGCAGUGUGCUUGGAAAUAUUGCCAGGAUCUUUUGGGAAGCCCUUACAUCUCAAUUCAAACACUGGAGGUAUCCCCAACCUGUGCCAUCCAUGAGUCCCCUGCGUCUGGAGCCAAGGUUCCUGGACCGGGCCAAGAUCCGUUAUGGAGGCUCCUUCCACGAGUCUGCUGUUGAUGAUGUGCGGUCUUUGGGUCGCCUCUUAGCUGUGUUCAUUGCCCUUAUUCCUUACUGGCUCGUCUAUUUCCAGAUGGAGACCAGUUUCCAGGCCCAGGGUCUUCACAUGCGAUUCUCAGUUAAUGGUGAAGAAUUUGGCAACAAUAGUGCCAGCCUUAAUAACAACCUGGGGAAGAAGUUCAGUGUGCCGGCUGCAUGGCUUACCCUAUUCAACCAACUCUUUCUGAUUGGCGCCAUACCUGUCCUGACCACAUUCCUUUAUCCAGUGCUAGACAGGGCUGGCAUAAGACUGUCUAUGCUCUUCAGAAUAGGCAUAGGGAUGGUGUUCAGCAUCCUAGCAGUGAUGGUGGCUGGAGGGCUGGAGUCCUAUCGUAUCUUCCUCUGGAGAACCGACAAUUCCUCCCACAUAGAACAAAUAGUGGGUAAUGUCACCUACCAUGCCGUGGACAUCUCUAUAUUCUGGCAGGUGCCUCAAUAUGUUUUAGUUGGGGCUGCUGAGCUUUUUGCCAGCAUUGCAGGCCUGGAGUUUGCCUAUUCUGCAGCACCACGGACUUUCCAGGGAAUGAUAAUGGGUCUGUUCUACACGCUGGAGGGAGUGGGAUCACUACUGGGCACAGCAUUACUCCACCUAGUGUCACCCUUCUGGCUUGCCAACACCACAGAUUAUGGCAAUAUCAACGACAACCACCUUGAUUUCUACCUUUACUUUCUGGGAGUGCUACAGAUCACCACAUUCCUGGCUUAUUGUGGAUCCCUCUACAUGCAGAGGUUCUCCCUACGUCCCAUAGCCAUGCCUCACCACAGGUCUCGGAGACACAGGAGGUCCCAGAGACAAGGACUACUGCAGGAGGAAGAUGAGGAAGCAGAGGAGGACCAAGAGGGCGAUGAAGAGGAUGAGGAGGAAGGUGAAGGUGAAGGCGAAAGUUGAAGUUGAAGGUGAAGGUGAACGACAGGAGGGGAGGAGAAGUGGCAGGGAUAGUUAUUACAGGUACCGUCCUGUGUUGUGAGUCCUUGUGUGACCUACUCUCUCUCUUUUCAUAGACAUUGUAAAUAAGUAUAGUGUACAUGGAUUGAAUCUCUCUCUCUCUCUCUCUCUCUCUCUCUCUCUCUCUCUCUCUCUCUCUCUCUCUCUCUCUCUCUCUCUCUCUCUCUCUCUCUCUCUCUCUCUCUCUCUCUCUCUCUCUCUCUCUCUCUCUCUCUCUCUGAGCAUCACUGCCAUAUCACUCAUUAUCCUUGAGUUUAGAAUUAAUACACUUUUUCCCCAUCUUGGCAUGACUGGUGCAAUAUAACUGUCUGUAUGUACACACUUAUAGAUUUAACAUUCCCAUUGCAUAAAAUUUGUUUCAGAAUGUAUAGAUUAAUUUAAAGAUGUUAUAUGGUUGUUUCUGUGGAGGUUCAUAAUAUAUUGUUCAGAGGAAUACUUGGUAUGUAUUCUGUGUUCAUAUUUAUGAGUCAUUUCAAUACAACUUUAUGUGGAUUGCAUAAAGUUAUCAUGUGGAUUAGUGAAGAUGUCAAGUCUGGAUGAACAUAAGAGUGAGAGUUUAUUGAUAAUCUGUGUAUGAGAGUGACUUAUCCCACAAAGGUAGGUUGACGAGAUAAGUCAAAGUCUCUCAUCAUUGUAGGAAUAUGAAUACAAGUUAAGGGUUGCAGUCAAUAACAUUAGUGUCUAUCAGUGUAACAGAGGAUGAGUCCCAAGUCCCUGUACUGCAUUCCUUUUAGUUAUCUUUUGCAGCACUUGAUCAGCAUAUGGGCAGUAUCCACCCGACUUGGCCAAGGAGUGUGUUGCCAGUUUGUCUCUUGUGCAAAGGGAACAGUAAAAUUUGUAAUAUGAUGCUAAUGGUAAUCUACAUAUCGGUAUAUUAGGCUGUCAGAAUACCACACUUGUACACACAUUGUUUUACACAUAUUGUUGCUUUAUUUCACUGUUGAGAGAAUGUAUAGACAGUUGUAUAAUUAUAAAAAAUACAUCAGUGUAUUAUUUCAGUGUUUUCAAAGUGACGUUGACUUUUCUGAAUAACUAGAUGGACAGGGCAGAGCUGAAAAUAAAUAAUCUUGUGCAGAAACUUAUGGGAGGAAAGCAGUUUUUAGUUAACAGCUAAAGUUGGGUGAUCAUAUGAAAAAUUGAAGAUUUUUAAAGAAGGAAAUAUUAUCUGAUGGUGAAUAACUUAAUUUGUUGAAGCUCUUUUUACCUAUAACUAAAUUAAGAUAGUUAUGAAGAUUUUGAAAAGACUUGUAUAAAUUUGGGAGAGUAACAGUAUCACAGAAGAGUUGGCGAUCAUCUGAAAGGCUGUUUCGUAUGGAGAAAUGAUUUGAAAUAUUGGUGGUGACAUGUUUAAAAGGACAGUAAUCAUUUACCAUAAGAGCAAUAUUUUAUCCACCAAAAAAUUGUUGGGUUAUGACGUAAUGAGGACUGGAAUGUGGAGAGUAGCUUUUAAAUGUAAAAAUGUAUGCCAAAUCCAUAUUAAAAGCCCUUGCAAUGUGUA